AUGAAAAUCAAGUAAGAUAAGCCAAAGGUUUCGAUUCCCUUUAAGGAGCAAUUCAUCAAUUCCAUCCUUCAACUCUAUUAUUAUGCUCCUAUGAACAAAUCAGUCUUAUUUGCCUUCUAUAUUUUAGGACUGCUUUAGCCUUUGCUAUUCCAAAACUUCCCUCUGAAUUCAUUUACUCAAAUGGACGGUUAAAUACUAACACCCAUAAAUUAGUUUUGGUACAUCGAAGUUGUGGCUCGUCCUGACUUUAUCGUUUCGGGCUACAUACCCAAAUAUUGUUAUUUGAUCUCCAUGAUCUUUAGCAUGCUGUUUAUUUUUAUCCCUUUGUUAUUGAAUAUCUCCAACAAAUAGAACUCAAAUAAUAAACGAAUGAUUAAUAAGCUAUCCUUUUAUAUGCAUUUAAGUUCAAACCUUUUCCAACUCCAGCCUAUUUUCUUAUAAAUACCAUUAUAAUGUCUCUGCUUUCAAUCUUUAAGUUAUAACCUAAGCACCAAUGGCAUUAUUGAACUUAAUUACUUAAACAUAACUUUGAUAACUACGACCCUGCUGUUUUUAUACACCAUCAAUUUCUUGAUCAUUCUCCUAUGCAAGGAAACAAUCGAUUUUAAUUUAAACUGCUUUUCUACCCUUAAAUUAAGUUUUGGCGAUUUCAUCAUUUGGAUGCUCAACAUAUUCCAAAUAAUCAUUUACUAUCAUUUGACGAAAUUCAAUGAAGUAUUGUAGGGGAUAAUCCUCUUUGCUAUUGCCUUGAUAAUGUUAUAUAAUAUUUUUAGUCUUUUGACAUGUUUGAAAAAAGUGAUUCUAACUACUUUGAUGGUAAUUUCAUAUUAAUCUAUCCAAUCAUUAUUGAUUUUAGUCAAUUUUUAAUCAGACAUAGACACCAACAUCAACAUCAUUAUUUAUAUCUUGGUUCCUUUGCUGGCCUAAAUCCUCUACGAUUUCUUUGUAUACAAGGAUUAAAGGAUGAUGCAGAAAACUCAAAAAUUUUCAAUUUCAAAUUGCAAAUACAUACUUGGCAAGUUCUUUAAUGAUGAAUUCAUAUCGUUCUCUUAAACUAUUUUAACCUAUAGCAAAAUCAUCAGUGAAUAUCAACAUAAGAAAUAAUCUAUUGAACCACAAUUGUCAUUACCAUUAACUUACAUCAAUAAAGAAUACCUACCUAAAUAUCUAUCGAAUUUCUACUUCAAAAGUCUGAUGAAAAAGUACAUAAGAGAACUCCAGAGAGUAGAUUCAAAAAAUAGAAAUGCCAAUCAUUAUGUGCACUACGUUUCUCUUCUCUACAGAAUCGGAUUAAAUAACUUAGCUCUUAAGCAGAUCAAUAUCCUAUUAUUCAAUAUCUCUAUGCGCACCAAUAGUAGAAGUUAGGUUAAAGAAAAGAUUAGUGAGUAAAUUAAAUCUAAUAACACGAUCAAUUAAGGAAGACAAUCCAUGAGUAGAUCAUCCAAAUCUUAAGAUGUACAGGAAGCAGGUUAAUUGCAAAUUAAUAAACUCAACAAAAUGCUCGCCUUUACUGGAACUCAUCUAUUAAAUUUCUAUCAAAAAGUGAGAGUGAUGAUUCUGAGAGAAAAAGUUAGGGACAAAUUAAAACUAUCCUUUCAAUACAAGGAGAUGAUUGGCGAUACCUAUAGUUUACAAAUGGCCAUAGAAAUAUUCUUAAAAAGUGAAAAGAGGAACCAAAACUUAAAAGAGUAAGUGUAAAUGCUGGUCAAUUCCAAAUUGGGGUUCUUUCUUUAAUUACAGUAAGUAAAGCAUAUCAGAUCAGCCUAACUUUUUCAAGUGUCUAAAUCAUUAAGUAAGAAAAUAGAAAUCUUAGAAAACAAACUAAUCAAAUUAUACAAAUAUUUUCCAAGUCAAAGGAUUCAGUCAUUGCAUACGUACUUUUAAGGAGAACUCUUAGAAAAUUAUCUAUACGCUCAUAAAAUAACUUGUAAUUCCUCUAUAUCCGAUGAGAAAUUGAUAAAUGUGCACAGCAAUGCUUAGUAGAAGCAUGCGUUAUUUAACAAAGAUCUAAUAUACAUGAAUGUUAAAUUAUUUGAAGACACUCAAGAACUUCAGAUAUAGAAUAUUACUCCGCAGAUAUGCAAAUUCUUUUUAAAAGACUAUGAUGACUUAAAGACAAACAGCAAUAUUGACUAUUUAUUACCAGAUGGAAUCAUCAACGAACACUAAUUAUUGGUGUAAAGAUUCCUGCAAACUUCGUAGUCUCGGUAUUAUUUGAACAAGAAUCUGAGUUUUUUUAAACUUCACAAAAUAAUCAUUCAGCCUUUUGAAUUCUUUUUUGAGGUUAAUUUUAGUGAUAUUACACAAAUCUAAUUUUUGGUUUUUUUAAGCGAAAGUUUUCAAACAUCAGCCUAUAUAUUUGUCGAUGUAAAUUAACAAGUAGGUGGAAUUACUUAAAAUCUAUUGGAUAAGUUAGGAUAUUCCAAUUAUUACAUUGAAAAUAUCAGAUAUAAAUUGUUAUUGAAUACACCCAUUGAAUAUUUGAUUCCGUGUUUCUAAUAACUUAUCACGUAUAAAGACUUAGUCAAUCUCGCUGAUUUUAAAUUUAUAAAACAACCCAUUUUGAUAAAUCCAUUGAUUGAUGAUAAGGUAAGAAACACUAAAUAGGAUUUCUCUGAAUGGCAACUAUAAUAGAAUUUGAUGUAUUGCGAAUGUCUAAUGUCAAUUCAUAUUCGCGAACUUUACGGGUAUCAAUAUUAUAUAGUGGAGAUAAAGGAGUUAAAGGUUAAUGAUUCCUAUUUCGACAACGAAUUCGAGAGCAAUUCAUUAGAUUAAGCAUUUACACCUGUUUCUGAUCAGGAAGGAUUCGCUAAUCCUCCAGGGAUUUUGAAGAUAGAGAGAGAAAAGUUUGAACCUUUUAGAAGGAAUGAUCAUUAAUUUGAAACUAACUUAAUUCUAGAUAAGAGCUAACAGUUUUAUCACCCAGAUCAAUAGAAGUAUGAGGUUAAUUUGAUGAGUCCUGUUGAUUUAAGUGCUAAUCCAACUCCUUUGAACUCUGCUAAUCCCCUGCUGAAACAACAAGAGUUCUACAGUCAAAUAGCAUAAAAUCCUGAGGGCAUUUCGUACUCAUCUAAAAAUCAAUUUGGCAGGGCAGUGGAUAUGGAUGAUCUAGAAUAAGUUAAGAAACCUUAAUUUGAAAAAAAGGGCGAGGAUACGAAUUCUUCCCAAGUGGCAUGGGCCAAAUAGUCUCAAUUUUAUAAAAAAUAUGAAAUGAUUUAAUAAAUUUUGAGACCUCAUAUUCCAAGGUAACUCAGAAUUUUUACCAUAUUAUUAGUAGUGUAUUUUAUGAUUAGUUGUAUUCAUUAUAUCAUCAUAAUCACAAAGAAUUAGAAUGAUCUAAAUUAGUUUAUAUCUGAAAUAGACAUGAUAGAAUUGCAUAGUAGUUUCAUGGCACCUCAUGAUAUAUUUGUAGCUAUGAGAGUGGCUAUACUUUCAUACAACGCUUACGUUUCUCCUGGUGCACUUACAUAGGCUUAAGCCAAUGCUUUGACUAAACCAUUUUAUGAUAACAUUUAAAUUGGAUUCAAUGAAAUAAAGGAAGUAUUCAUCAAAUAGUUAAAUAAUCAAAAUCUAUAGCCUUUUUUUGAAAAUAAGACUAUUGGGAUGAUAUUUAUGGGUGCAAACACAAGUGAUGUUUAUAAUCAGACAUUGAAUAUUAGAGAAGCCUUGCAAUAGAUCAUUUAGAAUUUGCAUCAAUACAAGUAUCGAUAUGAGAAUAGAAUGAGCACAGCGGGUAGUUCUAUCUAAGUGUUUGGAGUAGCCAAUUAGUUCUUUCUUCAUUAUUGGUUAGAGGAACUAACCUUGGAAAUAAUGGAUUACUCAACCAAUAGAAGUAUUACAAUAGAAUCUGAUUGGACUAUGAUUUGGGCCAUUUUCGUUGUGAUUACUUUGCUAGUUACAUUAUGCAUAGUUUAUUAUUUCAGAUUGUUCAAUUAGAGAUAAGAUAUGUAUUUGGGAGUGUUCAAGUUUUGUAAUUUAAGUCGAUUGCAGUAUGAAAUAGAUAGAUACAAAUUGAUUCAGAAACAAUUACUAAAGAAUCCUGAUCUAGUUUUCUUGUACAAGUUUGACUUGUCGUAAAAGGAGCAAUAGCUUCUAAUCCAACAGAAAGUACAAGAUCAACUGAAUAGAAAGAACAAAGAUCAAUAGCGGAAUGGUUAAUUGCAAUAUGAACCUUUAUCUAUAAUAAUGAGUAUAUCUCUUAUCUUGGGGAUUUGGAUUGUAUUUUUGGGGUUGAGUGUGAUAAUAUUCUAAGGAGAGCUGAGUUACUUGAAAAAAUACCCUGACACAGUUGAUAUUUACAAACUAAUCUAAGAUAUGACCUAUUCUUCUGCCACUCUGUAUUAGAAUAGAGAUUACCAUUUCAUAUUUCCCAACUUUACCUAUUUGACUGAGUUUGAUAGUUAAUAGAUAUUUUCAUUGAUUGAUUAAGGAAUUGACAAUAUUGUGAAGUUUAACUUAUUGACAUAGGAAUUUGAUUCAUCCAAAUAUUAAGUAAAUAAUGAUUUUGUGUUUUUCUUUAAUUAAGUUUAGAAGUAGUCGAUUUGUGAUAUUUUAAGUCAGGAGCAACUGGGAUUUUUGGUUGAUUUUUGUCCCAUUUCAAUAUAAGGAAAUUAUUUGAAAGGAGUGGUGGCGGCAUUGAAUUUUAUAAAAAAUUAGAUAUAAACUCAGAUUGUCGUCAAUAAAUUUAGCACACGAGUAGAAUACCCUAUUUAUGACAAUGAGGCUGGCAUCAUCAUGGUUAGAGUAUUUUAGAUGAUGACUCAGAAAUUGAAAUCAAGUAUGUUGGGAGUCACAAAUGAAUUAUAAACUGUCUCAAUUGUAUCUAUGUAUUUUAUAUAUGUUUUAGGUACUAUCUUCAAUAUAUUUAAUAUUUGCUGUACUAUCCAUUUCAGUGAUAUUUUUAGGAUUGAAAAAAUACUUAGAAACAGAAUUUAAUACCAUAAAAAGAUUCGUGCAAUUAAUCCCAUCUUCCAUAACCAUGCUAGAUGAUUAAUUUGAAAGAUACAUAAGAGCAUUAUUAGUCGAAGAGAUUUCGUGA